CUCCACCAAAAGCUCACCACCACAACCUUUUCAGGCGUCCACACAAUUUAUAUAAAAAUGGAUGUGGCGGUAAACCGGUGCCUCAGGCUCAUCUUUCUCAACUCUUAGUUGGGAAUUUUCGUCUGUGAGACGAGGAGGAUAUUCGGUUUCGGAUUUCAGGGAACUCUCAGUUUUACAAUUUUAUUCCUUUUAAACAAGACCCCAAGGGUUCGCCCAAGUCACAUCCUUUGUUUUUAUUAGCCAUUGUCGAGUGUUAACUCUUAGAAAUGACUCAGUCGAUCAAUAAUGCCAUGAAGGAUUGCUCGUUGGAGUCCCAGAAGGAUAACAGUUCCCUUGCCCGUUCGACUCGAAAGGAAAAACUGAACAAUGUCAUCAAUUUGUUGAAGGUGGCUGUUGACAUGUUAAACUCGUUGGCCGAGGAUGACGAUCCAACCGUUGAACUGAACAUCAGCGCGGGGAAGAAGAACAAGGUUGGCGAUAAAGGCGUUAACUCGUCUACGUCUGAAGUGAAAAGUGAACCUCCUAAACCUAUUAUUGCUCCCUCUUUGAAGAUAGUGGAGUGUGAAGUACACAAACAGGCAAUGGAACUAGUGCGCACAAACGACGUUGUAUGUAAAGUUAAUGACUACAUACGUUGCUGGUGUCGGCUGUCUUCAAUUGGCGACUUCAACUUUAUCACCCGUGAUUUCGUUGAAGCAAAUGACAUUCCUCUUGCAAGGGGGUCCAUCCGUAUGUUUUACCGGUACCCUGGCAGGAAGUUUACGGCCAACAGCGCGAUCACCGAGUCUUUGCUUUUUCGGUUUGGAAGAUGUGUAUCAUGGGAAAAGUUUGUUGUUAUUCCCAAGUGCGAUAAUGUCGAUAUCAUAUUGGGCUCGACCUUCUUGGUAGAGAAGGAUAUCGUAUUUCAUCAUCAUGGAGCUUCGUUUGGUCGAAGCCUGCUCCCUUUUGGAUUUUUACCUCGACACGUUGUUGAGAAGAAGCGCGAAGAUGAAAUUGUCCAUGCAGAGAUAGCAUACGGUUAUUAGACCCGGAAAGGAAUUGAGGCCAUCUGUGAAAAGUCUGGCUUCACGCAUUGGAGAACCUACGAGAGCAUUUCGUUAGGGACAUUAAGUUAUAUAAAGAUGAGACUGAGGACGAGAUGAGAUUUUUAAGAAUCUGUUACGAGUUAAAGAGUUCAAAUACUUGGAUUGAAUGAAGAUUGAAUUGUAACAACCAUGUUCACGGCUUAUGGUUAAAACGUAUUGUAUUCAUCUUUUAUUUUGUUACACAAAUUAAUUAAUUAAAAAUAAAAUAGAAAAUUAAUUGAAAUGAAAUGAAUUAUUAACCAUAAAAAAAAUAUAUAUA